ACUGGACCGACUUCAACGCCACCCGCGAACUCACCCGCGUCCUCCUCCUUCACGACCACUCCCUCCACUGGCAGAUCCCUGACGGCCACCUCUGCCCUACUGUCCCCAACAGGUCCAACUACAUCCACUGGCUCAACGACCUUCUCUCUUCUCACAUCAUUUCAACCAACCUCGUUUCUUCUCAGCAAGGGAAGGUCAGGGGUUUUGAUAUUGGCACUGGCGCCAAUUGCAUUUACCCACUUCUUGGCGCUUCCCUUUUUGGUUGGACCUUUGUUGGAUCAGAUGUGACUGAUGUUGCAAUUGAGUGGGCCACCAGGAAUGUUAACAGUAAUCCACAUAUUGCCGAGUCGAUUGAGAUUAGAAAGGUUGAAGACAACGAAAAGGCUCCGUGUCUUGAAGGGUUCCAUGAUGGUGGAACCAUGAUAGAUAUUUGCCAAGAGGUAGGGCCGUCUUUGCCUUCAUUAGCUCUUCAUUCAAAUGUCCAUGAGAAUAAGAACUAUGAUGGACCCCCCAUACUUCUUGGAGUAGUCAGGGAUGAUGAGAAAUUUGAUUUCUGCAUGUGUAAUCCACCCUUCUUUGAAAGCUUGGAGGAAGCAGGACUUAAUCCGAAAACUUGUUGCGGUGGCACUUCCAAGGAAAUGGUUUGUCCUGGCGGUGAGAAGGCCUUCGUUGCUCGAAUUAUUGAAGACAGUGUUGUGCUGAAGCAUCAGUUUCGGUGGUUCACUUCAAUGGUAGGCAGAAAAUCAAGUCUCAAGUCCCUUGUUUCAAAACUUUGGGAGGUUGGUGUCACCAUAGUGAAGACGACUGAAUUUGUCCAGGGCAGAACAUCCAGAUGGGGGCUUGCUUGGUCUUUCUUGCCACCCAUACAGAAGCCAUCGAUUUCUUUGCCUCAGAAGAACAUGUCCUUCAUGCUUGAGGGUCUUCCGCGCCAACAUGGUGCCAUUAAUGUCUUGGAAGCUGUAAAAUCUUACUUCUCUAUGCAUGGCCUGUCAUGUACACUGAAUACCUCUGCUUUCACAGUGGAUGUUGUAGCAUCCAAAGAUGAAUGUGAUUCAGUCUUGAAGAAUCAUUCACCUGUUAUCAAUAAAUCCAUCAAUUUUCAACCUACAGGAGAGACAUCAAAUGGAUCAAGACUAAAUUUAUCUUCUGAUAGGUGGAGCCUUCGUAUUUUGGUUUUUCAGCAGAUCCCUGGGACACUGUUAGUGAAGGGUUCAUUGCAGGAUAGAAGUAGCCCAUUAUCAGGGAUGUUUGCAGCUAUAUUCCAAAAACUGGAGGAAGCUUUGCGCCAUGAAUUUUGUACGAAAUCAGCAUAGGAGUUUUAUUGCUUGCCUAGCUUAUUAUAUGGGAUGGUUUUAUUGGAUAUGAUGAUAAAUUGUGGGAUGAUGGAAAAAAGUUAAUGAAUGCUAAUUUCUAUAGUUCAAGGAAACAAGCGAUGGUGCUGUUUGGGUGUAAAAAGGAAAUAGAGAGACAAUCAUUAAGGAUUUUGUUUAAUCAUCUUUAAAUGUAUUUUGUGCACCAAACCCAACAAGAACACUAUCCACUUGGUUUACAAGGAUCCUAUAAUUUUCAAGUGUUAUUAUCCUAUAAUUUUCAAUAAAACAUUCACAUUUGUUAA